AUGAAGAGUAUUAUAAUUCUAUCAUUUAUUCUUUCAAUAAUUUCAUUUUCAAAUGGUACAAUUGUAAAGUGUACAAGUGCAAGUUGUUCUAGUCUUAAUAAUAACUGUGUAAAUCAUUAUUGUAAUCCUCGUGCUGGAUGUUAUGGAAUUGAUAAAUGUGUACGUAUAGAUGCAUGUCAUAUAGUUUCUUGUGAUUUAAAUAAUGGUAGUUGUAUUAAUACAAAAGCAAAUUGUGACGAUGGUGACCCUUGUACUGAUGAUUUUUGUCAUAAUGGUUACGGUUGUUUUUCUUUACCAAAUAAUAAACACCCAAGUGUAAUCUGUCAAAAGAAUUGUAAUGAUAACAAUCCAUGUACAGAUGAUUUUUGUGAUUUCACUAAUACUUGCCAACAUACAUUAAAAAAUUGUGAAGAUAAUGAUUUCUGUACUAUUGAUUCUUGUGGACCAAAUGGUUGUGUUCAUACAAAUAUUUCUUGUGAUGAUAAUGAUCCAUGUACAUCAGAUUUUUGCUCAAUAAUGUACGGCUGUUACCACGAACAAAUUGAAUGUUCUAUAAAAGUGCCAUGUUCAACUGAUAUUGAAUGUAAUAGAUAUAAUUUAUGUGAAACCUAUACUUGUGAUUUAAUAUCGAAUAUUUGUAAAUAUUCUACAAAAUUUUGUAAUGGUUUCCCUUGUAUAAAUAAUGAAUGUAUGACUGGUGUAAUUUAUAAUUAA